GAAGUUGACAGGUGUCAGUUGUCUUUGAUACGCUAAACGAAAACGUUCUGUCCGACAGUCCGAGUCCGUUGAAACUUGAAAUUCAAACAUUAAUUUGUUGAGUUACCAAAAUGUGAUUUAAAUUAACUGUAAUAAAAUAUUGUAGUGCUAAUGGUGUGCUUUAAAAUUAUAAGCAUUUUAUGAAGUGAAGUGUGAACUUUUGAAGAUUAAUAAUUGGACAAAUAUUAGUUGUGUAGGGACAAGUGAUAUACUGCAAGUUUUUGAAACAAUUACCAAUUCAUUAUUAACAUUAGGACUUUUGUUGUGAUUUAAAACAAUGGGGAGCAAAUUCGAUGAGAAUACCAAGGAGGCUUUAUCUCGCGAACUAAGAGAAGUACGACAACGAUGCGUUGACACGCACAAUAUCAUUGAAAACUCUCCUCUGAACCAGAACGUGUAUAAUAAUAACGUCGGCCAGUCCGCCCUUAACUACGUAGAAGGCCUGCGGACACAAAUCCAAGACUCCGAAACUGGUAAAAUACCUGUUGAUGAGAAUCUGAUCAUCAACCAGUUCAUCAAGGAAAUUAAAGUGAAGAAUCAGCAUAUGCAGAUGCUGUGUGAAUGUACUCGAGCCACUAUUUUGGAUGUUCAGAAUGAAAUACAAAGACUAAACAACCACACAGCCAUAGCAGAAGAAGCACUCAGCAAGCCCAGAGUCAACCCUGGCGGUGUGACUCCAGAACAAAUAGACAGAACAAGGGAUGCUUUCCGGAACCUGAAGACCGAGUUACAUGGAUUGAUUAGAUCAGUAUUCAAAGAUGAUAGUGAUAUAGCGUUUGAUAUUAUUGGGCGCUUAAUGCAGCUCAAAGAAGAUUCAAAUGGAUACAUAGAAGUAGAAGAUGAGAAUGCAAUCAUCAUAGAAAUGCUGAAGGAUCUCAAUAUUAUUUCAGUGAACCCCUACAAUAAACUUGAAGUCAAAUUUGCUUACUGAUACUUUUAGUCCAGGAUCUGUAACUGAUCACUAUUUUUCAUUUAUGAAAAUUCUUGAUUCUGGUACCUGACAGGGUUACUGGGUAAAAAAAAUUUCUGAGCAUAAGAACGAGAUAACGAACCGCACAAUUUGUAGGACAAUCUGGCUGUUAAAUUGUUUAACUAUUAAUUAAGCAACACUAAAAGAACACUCAGUAAUAAUUUUUGAUGACCUCAUUACUGAUACAAAUUAGGAAGGGAGUUAAGCUACUUACAGAAAACUUAAUAGUAAUCAAUUGUAAAAAUGCUUCACGGAUCCUGGAUUUUUUUAUUUUUGCAAAAUAUAUUGACAAUUAAAAAAAAAACCUUUUUGUUUAUUCUUUGAUAAAAUGGCAUGUAGGUAAAAUAUGUUAUCCAAGUUGUACCAGUGAUGCCAUUUAUGAGUAUAUUGAAAACAUAACGAUCAAAAAUAAUUCGUGUGCACCGUAACGCGUUACGUUACGAAGCGGUUUACCCUAAUAAGUUAUCCUAAUAAUAAUAAAAUACCCUGAAUUUGUCACUCCAAAAAUCAAAAUGGCCGACAUUUGACGGUCUCAGACGAAUAGUGAUUAUUUGGUCUGAGCUCAUGGUCAUUGUUUCUGCAUACUUGUAUAUAUUAUGUACUAGCGGACGCCCGCGACUUCGUCCGCGUGAAAGUCGUUGUAAACUUUCUACCCUACUCUACCCCUAUCCUACCCUACCCUAACCUACCUCUACCCUACCCCUACCCUACCCUAUCCCAACCCUACCCCUACCCUACCCCUACCCUACCCCUACUCUACCCUACCCCUACCCUACUCAUUAAGGCUGCACUUCUUUAUUUAUUCCUCCCACCGCGAGUCGCGUCAAGCGCGGCAACCGUUACACAAAAAUAAUCCAUAUAGCAUGAAUUAGUAUUCACGCGCGAUGGCUUAGCGUAUUUCUUAUAUAACUUUGGUGUUUCUUUACCGAUUUUUAUGAUUCUUUUUUUAUUGAAUAGGUAAUAAUGUUAACUUUCUUAUUAAGGAUGAGUGAUGAGUGUUAUAAACAUAAGAGUAGACAAAUAUAAUUAAAAAGCUCCGAACUGCUAAGCUAUCGGAAGUUACACGUGUUAUUGUGAGUCAACCAUAAAAGAUAGACAUAUAUAUGCUGUUGUGUUUUUAUAGAUAAUUUUAAGGAGAACAUUUCCGUCAUACAUAAUUUCUAUGUAGCUUUAACCAUUAAGGCUGUACACGCGACGGAAGCUUAAAAAAUUGAGUAACUUCUCCCGUUUUCUCAACAUUUCUCUUCACUGCUGUGCUCCUAUUGAUUGUAGCGUAAUGAAAAGUAUACUAUAACCUGCCCAGGAGUAUGUAGAAUAAUUGUACCAAGUUUCGUUAAAAUCCAUCCAGUAGUUUUUGUUUCUAUAAAGAACAUACAGACAGACAAAAAUUUUACUGAUUGCAUUUUUGGCAUCAGUAUCGAUCACUAAUCACCCCCUGAUAGUUAUUUUGGAAAUAUAUUUCAUGUACAGAAUUGACCUCUCUACAGAUUUAUUAUAAGUAUAGAUUAUGUAGUAAAUUUUGAGCAUUUUUUUGUAUUUCUAAAUAAAAUUUGAAAUCAAA